GUCUGCUCCGUGUCGCCGUCACAAGUGCUUAUGUGUGGAAAAACUCGCUCCGAACAGACCUUAAAUAUGCCACGUUAAUUAUAUCAUUGACGAGUCUUUGUGUGGUUUCCAAUCAAUCUUUUUUUGCUAUGUUAGGUGCGACUAAAUGCGUGUAGCGGUGUCGUAAUGGUGUAGUUUGUGUUAACUGUGGUUCAUUUUUUUUUUUCAGCGUGUGCGUUUUCCAGUCGUCUAAUCUUGGGAGUAGCAGCAAGGUUAACCCAAGGGUCGGUCGGCUGCUUCCGAAUGCUAACGCCAGUUAGCUUGCAAUUGCGCUAACCAAUUCAACUAAGUGACUUGAUUAAGUGAACAUUAGUGUGUCCCGUUGCUCAGAUUUGUCGUGGCUUGCUGUCGCUGCGGCGGUGUACACUAGCUAAGGAAGCUAGUCGCAACUUCGCAGGGGAACCCAGAAGAUUAUUAUUUGUUGAUCUUUUUUUUUUUUUUAGCUAACGAAGCUAAAAUAGCAAGCUCGGGACUGGCGGAGAAAAGUCUGUUAAACUGGAGCUGACACCGUCACAUUUCCCUCCUUUAACACGCUGUGCGGCGUGACCAGCCAACAUGUCUGAGGGCUCCGAGAGCAAGCAGGCCCCGGACGCGGUCCAGGAAGCCAACAAGCCCGAGCCGAUGGCCGCCGUCGGGGCCGCGGGUCAAGGCGUGCCGUCGGUGUCUCCCCCCGUGUCCGUGGUGAACCAGCCGCCCCCCGCCGCCACGGAGGACGAGGAGGAGGAAAGCGAGGACGAGUCUGAGAUCUUGGAGGAGAGUCCGUGUGGCCGCUGGCAGAAGCGCAGAGAAGAGGUGAAUCAACGGAAUGUACCGGGCAUCGAUAACGCCUACUUGGCCAUGGACACUGAGGAGGGAGUUGAGGUGGUGUGGAAUGAAGUCAUGUUCUCAGAAAGGAAAAACUUCAAGUUACAAGAGGAAAAGGUCAAGGCAGUGUUUGACAAUUUGAUUCAGCUGGAGCAUUUGAACAUCGUCAAGUUCCACAAGUACUGGGCUGACGUCAAAGAGAACAGAGCCCGGGUCAUUUUCAUCACCGAGUACAUGUCUUCCGGAAGUCUCAAACAGUUUCUGAAAAAGACUAAGAAGAACCACAAGACCAUGAAUGAAAAGGCUUGGAAGCGCUGGUGCACACAGAUUCUGUCUGCUCUCAGCUACUUGCAUUCGUGUGAACCUCCCAUCAUUCACGGCAACCUGACCUGCGACACCAUCUUCAUCCAGCACAAUGGCCUCAUCAAGAUUGGCUCAGGUAAAACGACGACACUGACUGUCAGGGAAAAUGUUGUCAUGUUGAAAGAAUGCAGCUCAUCUUUUCCUUCAUUUAUCCUAGUGGCUCCAGACACAAUUAACAACCAUGUAAAAACAUGUCGGGAAGAGCAGAAGAGCCUUCAUUUCUUUGCUCCAGAAUACGGAGCUGUUGCCAAUGUCACCACUGCGGUGGAUAUCUAUUCCUUCGGAAUGUGCGCCUUAGAGAUGGCAGUGUUAGAAAUCCAGAGUAACGGAGAUUCGUCGUAUGUUUCCCAAGAAGCCAUAAACAGUGCCAUUCAGUCCCUCGAGGAUCCCUUGCAACGGGAAUUCAUCCAGAAGUGUCUGGAGGUGGACCCAGGCAAGCGUCCCACAGCCAGGGAGCUCCUGUUUCACCAGGCCUUGUUCGAGGUGCCCCUGCUCAAGCUGCUGGCCGCACACUGCAUCGUUAGCCACCAGCAUAUGAUUCCAGAGAAUGCUUUAGAGGAGAUGACAAAGAACAUGGACCCCCACCUGGUGAUUGUGGAGGGGAAGGAGGGCGUUCAGAUGAAGCUAUCUCAGUUUCCUGCUCUUGAGCUGGACAAGUUCCUGGAGGACGUCAGGAAUGGGAUCUACCCUUUGACUGCGUUUGGGAUUCCGUGUCCACAACAACCUCAGCAGGAGGCCGUGAAGUCACCCAUCGUGCCGCCCUCUGUCAAGACGCCCACCCCAGAACCUGCAGAACUUGAGACCAGGAAGGUGCUUCAGAUGCACUGCAACAUUGAGCCCGUGGACGAAGGCGCCAAGCAUCAUCUGACUUUACUGCUCAAACUUGAGGACAAACUCAACCGACACUUGAGCUGCGAUCUGUUACCAAAUGAGAAUGUGCAAGAGUUGGCUGUAGAGCUUGUUCAGCUCGGCUUCAUCAGUGAGGGCGAUCAGCCUCGUCUCGCUUGCGUUCUCGAAGAGGCCUUCUCCAAGUUCUACAGCCGCAACGGUUCCCUCAACCCUGUGACGGUCUCCUCGUAGCCAAGGACCCCCAGCAGAUCCCUCCGCCGCGUCCCGGGCCGCCCACCCGCCGUCUCCCUCCUCCAGGAGGAAAGCCUUGCUUUCGACUGCGGCCCAUCGUAGUCUUUGUAUGCUCUGGUGGGACAAAGCUGCCACUAAGUGGUUCUCUAUCUUUCUUUAUUUUUUAUUAUUUUGUUCUUCUCUCCCAACCCAGUUCAGCCAUCAAGCCUCAUUGCAAAAAGAAGGAAAAAAAAGUUUAACCUGGGUUUAUUUCUUUCACUAAAAAAAAAUCAUGAAAUGUUUAAGUGCGAAAGCCCGGUAUUUUUCUUUGAGUCAGUAUUAAAACUGUAUUUUUAACAUUUUUACUGUUAAAUAGCUGUCGUCUUCCCUGCCAGAUUACUGAAGUGUUGUGAAGUCUGCUUGCUGGCUCCUUUUUAAACUCUCGAUGGCUCGCUUUCCUAUCAAGCUCGAGUCAAUUGGAGAAAGCGUGUAGUCAUGUAAGUCGAAAAUAUCCAAACUAUUUAUUUGUGUUUGACUGUAAUUCACUUUCAGCACACUUGUUGCGGUUGCUUCUUUUGAAUGGAAGCUUCUACUCACUCCUUUUUUCCCCCCCCCAUGUAAUUCUCAAAACAAUUAUAAAAUGUCUAAAAACAUUAAACCCACACAUGCUCAUAAUAUGUAAUAUUUUGGCUUUAUAAUUCUUUAUAAAUGUAGUCCGGCCCAUAUAGGAAAACGGUUCCUCACGCUGUUACUUUCUACACAAGCUCCUGACUCUUAAUCAAGUCUGUGAAGGUGGCAUUUUACACAAGAGGCUGCUUUCCAUCAAUGUGAACAUAUUUUUUUAUUUUUUUACACUUGUCUACUCUGUAUGUGCUUUGCUAGACGAUGAGAAUCAGCAAUGUGAGCAAGUCUAAAGUACAGUAUUUCAAAUGUCUGUGGCUGUGAAUAGUUGGCUUCUUCAAAAGCAGCACAGUUUGCACUUUUUUCUCCACUUGUUACUUUGAGUGAAUAUGUCCCGCAGCCUCCGAAAACGGAUCCAAAAUUGGCUAAAAGGCCAUCAUAGGGGAACAGUUGUGUUGCCUUUGUUGCGAAUGUCUCACAGGGUGUGUACACACUUGGAGUGCGCUUGACGCUCUCUGCUCUUUCUGCUAUCUGUUGGUUUACCCUCUUUUUUUCCACUCCCUGAAAAUAAAAAUAAAACCUUCACUAAUCA